UGACAGUUGUGCAUUUGAGGAAGUGGAAGCCUAAAUGCGGAUUUCUGAAACAGAUGCCCAUUGGUAUUUUGAGGAAUCCGAGUAAGCUCAGCGAAAUCUAUGGCUGGAAUCUGAAAGCAGCUGUGCGGCUGUACAACGUGAUCCACGACUUCAGCAAGAAGUCAACCAGGAAAUACCUGCGUCGCCUUGUAUCACGAGUAGUAAGGGAGCGUUUUGGUUUGAAUAUGUCUGCGGAUUUGGUGGUGAAGACGAAAUUCGAUGACAGAAUCAAAUUAGUGGAAAUACGGAAGACGAUCAAUGACUGCAUCACAUCCAGUAAGUUACCAGACGGUUUUAGGAACCGGGCACGGAAGAAGGUCAAAAUCGUGCAGACCAAGAAUCUGACGAUAGGUGACCUAUUGCAUAACCAACGAGCCUAUGCGGCUCGAGAGGUGCUUACCUGCCAAUGUGCAGGUAUGCCCUACCCCCGAGUGGGAGGGCACGUGCGGUUCCGAUUUAGAGAAGGAGACGACCGACAUGUCCGUUUGGCGAAUGCCAACGACAUACCCAGAGCAGCUUUGACUGACAGGGUAACACUGCUUAGGCAGGAAGUGAACGACAGCUUUGCUAAUUGGUGCAAUUUCAGAGGCGAACCGCCGGUAGUGAGUACCGAUAGUUUGGCAAGUUGUAUCACUAUUUCUAACGAUGUGAGCGAGAGAUUAAAACUAGGUGAGGUCGAUGCAGUGAAGAAGGAAUUGAAGGGUCUGGUUCUGACACCGCUGGACAGGAAUCCGGGGGAGACACUGGCGAUGUGUCCAGUAGUUUACCAUCAAGCGAUGAUGCACACCUUUGUAAGGAGCCCGGGUUAUCGAGUAAUGGGGACACCGGAGAAGAUUGUUCAUAAGGAAAUCUGGGAGGAUCUGGUGGAGAUGGGCCUGAAGGGAUUCGUUAAGUGGGAUAGAAAGGGCGAAUUUGGCAAAUCCUAUGUGCUCCCUAAGCACAAGGAUCUUGACAGAUAUUGCCCCAUCUGCCCCACCUAUAACGAGCCUAUGGUGAAGACGGGUAAGCUGGUGGCGAAGGCACUAAAUCACUUGCUGUUUUCUUUACCGAAGGACAGCCAUUUUAACAUGCAGGCAGUCGAGCACAUGGCUCAGAGAUUGGGAAGGAUCAAUAAGAUUCUAGCUAGCUCUGAUAACAUGGGGAGGGUGGAAGUGAUGUCCUAUGACAUCAAAGAAAUGUUCAGUAAACUAACGCAUGACCAGAUCAUGAAAGCACUCGAGUGGAUUGUGCUCUUUCAUCAGGAGAAGGGGAGGACUUUUGUGAGGGUUAACCCGAGAGGUAGAGGCUGCUCUUUUGGGAUGACGACAGGUGGCGACGGGUGGAGACGGCUGGAUCUAAAACUCAUGAUGAAGUUCGUGCAAUUAGAGCUCCGGCACACCUAUACCUAUGCUACAGGAUUGCUUUUGAGGCAAGACAUAGGGAUACCGAUGGGCAAAUCGACGAGCCCUCCCUUAGCCUGUAUAUUAUGCGCAUACGCAGAGCAUAACUUCAUCAGACGUCUGGGGAGAUGGAGACAGCGAGUUUUUGGAUUACGCCUGAUGGAUGAUGUGACCUUGAUCCUGGGAUCCCUACCGGGAGACAUCAAGGAAGAUAUUCGGAGUAAUUUCGAGAACUGCUACCCCAAGAACUUAGUCCUGAAACGUACGGACGAAGGUCGGGGUAAACUGGACUUCCUUGGCUGGGAAAUUCAGGUGGCGAAGCACCCACCCUGCCUCGGAAGUAUUCAACAAUCCAGGAAUGAACAGAGCCUGUGGAUGGAAGAGAAACUGGUCAUUCAGAAUGGCCAGACAUUCAAAUCAUGGGGUUCCAGGCAGCAGAAGAGUGCGAUCGUGGGAGGAUACCUGCAUCAGAUCGACAGGAACACUACCAUCAGAGCUGCAAUUCCGAGAAGAGUACUGACAGUCAAGAAGGAACUGAGGAUCAAAGGCUUCGAUGCCGAGCUCUUCAACAGAGUGCUCAAGAGAUAUGCUAGGAACAGAGGGAAGAUAAGGGAGUUGACUGUGGAGCUUCUGACGAAGUAGGAAUUGAAGAGGACUGGAGAGCCUACCUCUAUCAAUUUGAGCGGAGAGAUAUCCGUUCCCAUUGAAGAU